AGCUCGACAGUUAUUCACACGAUAUCUUUAUAAUAAAGUUGUCUAGUGACGGGUUGACCAUACUAAUUUUUAAAACAUUUACAACGAAGUUGUCCGGCGACGUCUUGACCAUAAAUUAGUUUAUAAACACGGUGAUUUUAUUGAGAGAAAAAAUGUCGGUGAAAAGUGAUCAAUCUGAAGCUAUCGUAGUCAGUGGAAUUUCGGGAGUAUUUCCAAAUAGUGAAAAUGUCGGAGAAUUCGUGGAAAAUUUGUAUUCUGGAAAAGAUAUGGUAUCAGACUACAAUCGAUAUGGCAAAAAAAUUCGAACUGGAUUACUAAAAACGAUAGACCGUUUCGAUCAUUCCUUUUUCCACGUAACUCGUCAACAAGCCGAAGGCAUGAUCAUUGCUGCCAGACUGCUUAUAGAAAAAGCUUUCGAAGCGGUUCUAGAUGCUGGCUACAAUCCGGAGCAAAUCAAAGGGAAAAAUAUCGCGGUCAUUUGCGGCGUUUGGGACACUUGUGACGAUGGAGAUCCUGCAAAAAAUCUGAAUAAUUUUGACGAUUAUGCCCAGACUCUGGGCAGAUGUCAGUUCAUGUUGGCCAAUAGGAUUUCAUUCUAUUUGGAUGUAAAUGGACCCAGCAUAGGAAUAAACACCGCUUGUUCGUCUUCGAUGCACGCGUUCGAUUAUGCCUUUCAUGCCAUCAAGAAUGGUCGUUGCGAAGCAGCCAUCGUGAUUUCGCCAAAUUUCUGUCUAUCAGAUUCGGAAAAUUUUCACCCCACUGUGCUCAACUCGCAUAGUGGAACCUAUGGACCUUUCGACGCGAAUGCUAAUGGUUACGUAAAAUCUGAAGCAUCGGUGGCAGUAUUUUUACAAAAAAGAAAAGACGCCAGGAGGGUAUACGCCAACGUGAUACACACUAAAACAAAAAGCGAAGGGUUCAAGGAAGAAGGGCCCUGGUGUCCUUCGAUAAAACAGCAAAAAGAAUUAUACAGACAGUUCUACGAAGAAGUUGGUACCGAUCCUCAGUGCAUUUCAUACCUCGAAGCACACGCUACUGGAACUCAGGUGGGAGACGUAGUGGAAAGUACCUCAAUCGAAGAAUUCUUCUGCACUGAACGCGAAACACCUCUAAAAAUUGGAUCAGUGAAAUCAAAUAUGGGCCAUGGUGAAGCAGCUGCCGCCUUAUGUUCGUUGGUUAAACUUAUCGCAUCCUUCGAAACAGGACUAAUCGCUCCGAAUAUAAAUUACAAUUCACCGAAUCCAAAUAUCAAAGGACUACACAACGGACAUCUCGAAGUUGUCGCAAAACCGACACCUUUGGAAGGAGAAUACUACGCGAUAAACUCAUUUGGGGCGGGAGGAUCCAUCGGUCACAUAUUGCUGACACCUAAUGGAAAACAAAAAACACCACGUAUGCUUUCUCACGACAAAUUACCACGAUUAGUUACUGUUUCGGGACGUACUGAAGAAGCAGUGGAUUGUAUUUUGAACGACAUAGAGAAACACCAAAAUGAUUCCGAAUACAUCAGACUAAUUCACGAGGUUUUCAGUAAUCAUAUCAGUGGCCAUCUUUAUCGCGGUUUCAUCACUUUGAACAAAGGAAAAGAAUUCACGAGAUCUAAAAAGUUCUUUUCCGGCGAAAAAAGACCCAUAUGGUUUGUAUUUAGUGGAAUGGGAUCACAAUGGCCUUCUAUGGGCAAAUCACUGAUGAAAAUACCAAUAUUUGCCGAAUCCAUUCGUAAAAGUUACGAAAUACUACAAAAAAAGGAAAUAGACUUGAUGAAAAUUAUCACAGAUGAAGAUCCACAGGUGCUAGACAACAUUUUACAUUGCUUCGUUGGUAUCACCGCCAUUCAAAUUGCUUUAGUUGAUAUUCUCAAAUCUCUCAAUAUAAAACCAGAUGGAAUGAUUGGACAUUCGGUAGGGGAAUUAGGAUGCGCAUAUGCCGACGAAUGUCUUACUGCUGAACAAGUUAUUUUGGCUGCUUAUUAUCGUGGAUUAGUUUCCAUCAAGGAGAAAUUAAUUUCUGGCACAAUGGCAGCUGUUGGAAAAAAUUACAAAGACAUAAAGGACAUCUUACCACCAGAAAUUGACAUUUCGUGUCACAACAGUGCCACAAACUGCACUAUAUCAGGCCCUACAACUGUGGUCAAACCGUUCAUAGACUUGUUGAAAAAUAAAGAUAUAUUUGUUCGAGAAGUAAACACUGCUCACAUCGCAUAUCAUAGUCGUUACAUCGCAUCAGCUGGAACACCACUCGAAUCUUUCUUAAACAAAAUUAUUCCAGAACCAAAACUUCGUUCAAAAAAAUGGAUCAGUACUUCGAGACUAGAACACGAAUGGGAUUCGACUGAAGCCAAGUAUUCUUCAGCAAAGUACCUCACAAAUAAUUUAUUGAACACUGUGUACUUCGAAGAAAGCUGUAAAUAUAUCCCCAGUGAUGCGAUUGUAAUUGAAAUCGGUGCUCGAGAUCUUCUGAGUAGAAUUCUAAAACAAGCGUUGCCCUUCACAGUGGAAAACAUUCCGUUGACCACGAUGGGUCACGACAAUAGCGUUGUGUUCCUUCUGAACUCUUUGGGGAAGAUGUAUGAAGCUGGCUGUGUGCCAAAAUGCAGUAAUUUAUACCCAUCGGUUGAAUUUCCAGUCAGCAGAUCGACUCCAAUGAUCUCCCCGUUGAUAAAAUGGCUACACGACGAAGAAUGGCCGAUGGGUAAACUCGACUCCGAAACAUCCGUAACAGCAGAUCGAAUUCUAACUGUGAAUCCUACUUCGGAUAACUUUUCAUUCGUCACAGAUCAUAUUAUAGAUGGUAUAAAUUUAUACCCAGGAUUGGGAUACCUCAGCCUAGUUUGGGAAGCCAUUGCUACGGUGAAGAGGAAAACAGUCACUAAUUUACCCAUAGUUUUCGAAAAUGUUCGUUUCGAAAGAGCUACCAUCGUGCCAAAAAAAGGCCCUCUUAAAUUUCGAGUCAUAGUUCAAAUCGCAACCAAUCAUUUCGAGAUUACUGAAAAUGAAGCAGCAGUGGCGUCUGGAAUCGUCAAAGUUCCAGAAAACAUCGACGAAGAGGUUAUUAAAAUGGCAUCGUACGAUGAUGAUCAAACCGAUGAUUCUGAAGAAGAUUUACCUCUGGAUAAGAAGGAUUUCUACAAGGAGUUGAGAUUGAGAGGGUACAAUUAUAAAGGGGUAUUUAAAAACGUCAUAUGCGCCAAUUCGACAGGAACUCGUGGCAAAGUAUCGUGGAAUGGUAAUUUUGUACCAUUCAUGGACUCAAUGGCUCAAAUUUCCAUCUUACAAUUGGAUUGCAGAGAACUUCUGAUACCCACUUUUAUAGAAAAAGUUGUCAUAGAUGUUGGAAAACAUUACCAAAUAUUACAGAACUUGGACUCAGACACACCCGAAUUUCCAGUUAAUUUAAAUCCUACUUUGGGUGUAAUAAGCAGCGGAGGUGUUCAAAUGCAAGGCUGGAAAAUGAGUCAGAUAGCAAGACGCCAAAAUGCAGCAGAUCCUGCGCUUGAGAAACAUCAUUUUGUUCCCUACAUCAAUGAAGAAGUGAUCGAUUUAAACCGGGCAGUUCGGAUUUGUGUGCAUAUUGCAUUGCAAAACGCGCCAACGAUUAAAGUGAAAACUUACGAAUUACUAGAUGGAGAUUAUGAUCCUGAGAUUAACAUAAUAUCGAGUACAAUUGCGAACACCUUGGCAGAUUUACCUUUGGUUGAGGCAAAUAUUAACAUCGUAACUGAAAGAGAAAUCUCGCCAGAAACAGUCGUUCCAAAUGAGAUCACAAUCAUGAAAAGGAAACUGCCGCAGGAUAAAUCUGCUUUGCUGGUCGUUUUGGAAGAUUUUCGAGAAAAGACUGAUCAUUUUGAGCAGAUUUUGGGAGCUCUUAAAGUUGAAGGAUUCAUUAUCGCUGUGGAAUCGCUUGCCAAUGAUAUUUGUUUCGAAGAGUUGGGGUUGAAUAUCUGCUUCAGUCGCGUCAUCAGUGAUCAGAAGAAAAUUUUGUUGCUUAACAAGAAAACUCAAAAUCUACCCAGUAGCACGAUAAUAAAAGUAACCAACGAAUCCUAUUCUUGGUUAUCAGAAGUGCAGAACGCCAUCAUUAAUAGUAAAUCCACACAAGGAGAAGAACUGGUAGUAUAUUCCCAAAAAGAACCAAUGAAUGGAAUUUUAGGAUUUUUCAAUUGCCUAAAAAGAGAAAGAAAAGCACACUCAUCCAGAUGUUUUUUCAUAAUGGACAACAAUGCACCAGAAUUCUCACUCAAGGAUCCAUUCUACAAGACACAAUUCAAUACAAACCUAUCGCACAAUGUUUACAAAAAUGGCACCUGGGGUACCUAUCUUCACUUACCAAUCGAGCAAAAUUCAGAAGUGCAAGUUGCGCACGCAUUCUGCGUAUUAGAAGAAGUUGGAAACCUAUCUUCAUUCAGAUGGACAGAAGCCUCGCACAGGUAUGCGAACUCGGACGCUAAACCAGUAGCUCACGUGUACUUCAGUAGUUUGAAUUUCAAAGAUAUUAUGAUGGCAGUACGAAAAUUUUCUGCAGUUGAUUUAGCCCACUACAACCGUUUACAAGAUAACUACAGAGGAGUUGAAUAUUCUGGCAGAGACCAAAGUGGAAAACGCAUCAUGGGAAUAUCAAAUAAAGAAGCGAAAGCCACCGUAGUUGAAAUAGAACCUGAAAUGACUUGGAAAGUUCCAGAUAAUAUGACCUUGGAGGAAGCUGCCACCAUUCCUGUUAUUUAUGAAACGGUGAUAUUUGCUUUUUUCUUCAAAAUGAAUUUGCAAAAAGAGUCGACAGUUCUGAUUCAUGCUGGAAGUGGGGGAAUCGGCCAAGCUGCCAUCAAUAUAUGUUUACAUUACAAGUGUAACAUUUUCACAACAGUAGGAACUCCUGAAAAAGUGCAAUUCAUUCGAAAAACAUACCCUCAAAUACCUGCAAAUCAAAUAGGAAAUUCCAGAGACACUUCAUUCAAGAGUUUGAUAAUGAAGCAAACGAAUGGACGAGGGGUUGAUGUGGUUCUGAAUAGUCUGACAGGGGAAAAACUAAAAGCUUCUGUGAGCUGUGUAGCUAAAGAAGGACAUUUCUUGGAUAUUGGAAAAUUUGACAUGAUACAAAACAAUCCGUUAGAAUUGAAACAGUUCUUGAAUAAUAUCUCAUAUCAUGGAAUUCAUCUAGAUGUAAUCAUACAGGAUAAGAGUAAGAUAUUACUCGAGAUCCAAAGCAAAUUCCAAAAAAUGCUCGACAAAGGAAUCAUUAAACCAAUCCAAAGGACUAUUUUCCAAAUGAAUCAAGUGGAAUCUGCUUUCAGGUACAUGGCAGCUGGAAAGCAUGUAGGAAAGGUGCUGAUUAAAAUACGGGAAGAAGAGAAAGAUUUAAAUGCAAAGCCUAUAUCGAUGAAUUUGAAAGUAAAACCUUGUGUAUGGUAUCAAGAAAACGAAACCUGUGUAAUCAUAGGAGGAUUAGGAGGAUUGGGCAUGGAGCUCGCAGACUGGCUGAUUCUGCGAGGUGUUCGAAAUCUCGUGCUAGGUUCUCGAACGGGAAUUCAACAUGGUUACCAAUCGUAUAGAAUAAAAUUAUGGCGAUCGUACGGAGUAAAAGUCAUCAUUUCCACUGAAGAUAUUACAAACGAAACAGGAGUAAAGAAUCUGCUGAAUUGCGCCAACUCUUUGGCUCCGGUUGCAGGAAUAUAUAAUCUCGCUGUGAUACUUCAAGACGAUUCGAUUCUCAACCAAACCGAAGACUCUUUCAGAGCAGUCUGUGAACCAAAAGCCAUCGCAACCAUUCAUCUCGAUAAACUCAGCAGAAAAAUGUGUCCCAAAUUGGCACACUUCGUCGUAUUCUCCAGUUUCGCUUGUGGUCGCGGAAAUAUCCACCAAACCAAUUACGGUUUCGCCAACUCUGUCAUGGAAAGGAUAUGCGAAGCUAGGAAAGCCGAUAAUUUACAUGCUUUGGCUGUUCAGUGGGGAGCUGUAGGGGAAGUUGGCAUAGUCGCUGAUCUUGCCGAAUACGAUAGAUCAGUUAUUAUUGGAGGAACAUUGCAGCAAACAGUUAGAUCGUGUUUGGAAACAUUGAAUUUAUUCAUGAAACAGUCCAAUCCUGUCGUUUCGAGCAUACUGGUAGCUGAGAAACGUCGUACCGAAACAGACAUCAUCAACGUAGUAGCCAACAUCUUGAGUAUCAAAGAUCUUAAAUUGGUAAGCCCAACUUGGACUUUACCAGAACUGGGGAUGGAUUCACUCUUGGCUAUUGAACUCAAACAAAUACUCGAGUUGGAAUUCAACAUGUUUUUCAGUCCAGAAGAUUUGAGGAAAAUGACUUUUACCAAAUUGUACAAACUACGAGAUGAAAAAUGUGAAAUGAAAUCAGACGCGAAAGUUAUGACACAAAUACAAUUUUUAAUGAACGAAGAUUUACUCAGCAAACAAAUAAUUCGUAUUCCUUUUGAAACUCAUGAACCUGAGAACACUUCUAACUGCAAACCACCGAACAUGUUUCUCUUUCCUGGAAUCGAAGGAAUAGCCUUGGGAAUGGAACCUUUAGUGAAGAAUAUGAAAAUCCACGCAUCCUGCUUCCAAUAUCAUUAUCAAAAAGAAAAUUCAUCUUUUCAACAACUAUGCGAAGACUAUGCGAAAAUGAUUUCAAAAGAACUCGACCCAGAUGAAGACUUUUACAUAGUUGGACACAGUUUAGGUGGCUUAUUCACCAUGCAAGUCGCACAUAUUCUACAGAAAGCGGGUAGAAAAGGACGCAUUUGCCUGAUAGAAAGCUCCCCUUCGUUAGUAAAAAUCAUGGAAACCGAGCAUUUCGAAAAAUUUUCUUUUUCAAAGGAAGAAACCUUUGAAAAUAAUGUUUGCUCGCUUCUGAUUCAAAUUCUACUUCCAAAAAUGGAUAAGACCAAAUUCGUUAAAUUGCUCGAGAAGGCCGGAAAUUGGGAAGCUAAGAAGAAAUUGUGCUUUUCCACGCUUCCUUCUCAGUCAGCCAAUGAGAAUGUGAUAGAUGGGUUAUUAGACCGGAUAUGUAAUAUGUUUAAGUUGAUUCCUAGUUUUCAACUUUUGUCAGAAAAGAUUCAAACACCCUGUACUCUGAUUAGAUGCACGGAGAGCACUUACAAUCUCGAUGAAUCUUACGGAUUAUCAGAGUAUUUUGAGAAUCCUGUACAAGUCCAUCGAAUAAAUGCUGACCAUUUGUCCAUUCUAAUGGAUCCAAAGACAGCGGAAAUUAUCAUAAAAGAUGCAGCAUUGGAAAAGUAAUUCAAUUCAAGUCUCAGAAAAUCUUCAUUUUUCAAACCCAGCAACGAAUAAAAUGGCCCCUCUCGUGAUCAACUGAUCCAAGUAUAAACUAAUUCAAUUGUUUAUAAAAUUCACUUACCGCCAUAUUCGCUCGCGGCUCCAAUGGUACCCAAAUAUUGGACUGAAGUUGUAAAUUAACGUUGGCGAAGCUUAUUAUACAUUCUCCGAUCAAUCGUUGUCGUCGAAUUUUUUCACAGCCAUACAGUCUAAAUCUAACGCUCAUAUUGUUCACGUCCUCUGUAACAAAUCGAUCGUGAAAAUCAUUAAUUUAAAAAAAUUAAAAAUUAAAAAAAAAUAAAAUAAUAAUAAUAAACCUAGAACGUUGAGUAUUUAUUGGAGGAGGAGGGGGGGGCGUGUGCCAAAACGGAAAUUCAAUUGAAUUGAUGAAACAUUUUUUUUUAUUUUUGUAAUUUAAUUUGCUUGUAUUGGUGAAAAAUAUAUUUUCUAUCAUGUUGU